GUAGUAUUCGGGCGCCCCCCCUCCCCCCAACCUAAGUAUCCUGAGGCAUCAAUUAUUUUAACCAAUCAGAUCGCGUGCAUCUCCAUAGCGACCUCUACAGCGACCUCCAUUGAUGCGACGAUGCCAGCAGCGACCUCUACUACAGUAAAUGCGACGCCUUCGAACACGGCUACAACCACAAGCAAGAGACCACGGGGAAGGCCUCCAGGAGCAAAGGACAAGGCUCCACGCAAGAGGAAGGGCCAGCAGGCUGCUCCAGCUGCUCUGCUAGCUGCCACAGGCGAUGGAGAGGAUGACGAUGCACUGCUUGAUGAGGUGGACUCCAGGUCUAAGAAGAAGCCACGUCGCACGAAGGCGGUGAUAGAGGCAGAGCUUGCAGCGAUGCGGGAAGAGAUGGAGGUGAUAAGACAGCAGCAGGCCCACCAGCAGCAGUGA